AUGUCUCAUCAUUUCACCUUAUGUAAUGUAUUGUGCCCCUUUCUCUUUGUUUUAGCUCUGGAGCUGAUAGAUCAUCUGCGUGCAAUGGGUGAAACCAAUGCUCUAUUACAAAGGAACAAAAUCUUGAAGAGAGAAACAGCCCUGGCAACUGCAGCUGUUUAUGACUCAAUGUUUGCUGCAGAAGAUGGCACUAUUCCAGCAACCUUCCAGGUUAUAUACAUGACAGGGUGGAGUGAGCACCCAUCUCAGCAGAAGGCUAAAAGGAGGGGAUCUGCCACGAUCUCGUUCAAGGACAUUCAGACACAGUUUGGUGGUGGGAAUGCCAGUUGA